GUGGCUGUGUGUAGAACUGCACUGAACGGUGUUGUCUGCUGCUGGCCGGAACAGUAUCUAUGGCGAGUAGCAACCAACAUUAACGAACUGUGCGAAGACGCCAUUUUAAAAUCCGGGCUUGUAUCCAGGUUAUAGGAUAUGCGAGAAGGGUCCAUUUAAACGCUAGGUAAGAAGUGAGGCACCCAGUCAACAACUUGAGACGUGUUUGACAUGGAAGCCGAAGUACUCUGAGGAUAAUCUUAGCCGGUGCCACUUCGUCGCCUACAAAUCCCACCUGCCCUGGGACGCCGAACCCGUGGCUAUGCGCCGAUAACCGCUUAAGCUGUGACAUGGCCAAGCUUCUCCAUCUACAUGGCCGUUCCAUCUCUUUUUCUUCGUAACGCUAUGUUUAUUUGCAUCGUACAUCAGAAGCUUGUGUCUUAUGCUUCCACCGCAUUUUCUACGUAAGACAGACUUCGCUGUGCUCGCUCGCGACUCGUCCUGUCCCCGCAUCUGCCCUCAACCAACAACUCCGGGUGGUGGAGACCCCGUGUGUGGCUCAGACGGAGUCAUCUACCCCAGUCUCUGCGAAAUGAAGAAGAAGACAUGUGGGAAAGGAGUACGACUGGCAUCAGAUUCCGGACUGUGCAUGAGAUCAGCUGGUGCUCAUUGCGAACAUCGGUGUGGCAAGGAUAGAGACCCAGUUUGUGGCACUGAUGGUAGAACUUACCUCAACAGGUGCAUGUUACAAGUCGAGAUUUGCAGAGUUGGAAUUCAGAUGUCACAUCUGGGGUCCUGCAACAAUAUAUCGGCACAUCGUGAGAACUGCCCUGUAUCAUGUGACCAGGCUCCCGUUGAUGGUCCUAUUUGUGGCUCCGAUGGCAAUGUUUACAAGAACACAUGUCAGAUGAAACUGCUAACUUGUGGGCAAGGUGUAGUCCGCACGUCCAAGAAAUACUGCCAGACGACCCGCCAUUGCCGUGAGUCAUGUUGGCGAGUGGCAAAACCAACUUGUGGAUCAGAUGGCAAGAUCUAUAGCAAUUCUUGCCGAAUGAAAUCUAAGAAUUGUGGGAAGCAUGUGUUUGAAGUUCCAAUGUCUUUUUGUGUCUCUCAUGAACGGAAUGCAAAUGGAAAUGGCUGUCCUCUUAAUUGUGAAGGUGAAGAUGAAAGCUUGACUUGUGGUUCUGAUGGCAACAUCUAUCGCAAUGAGUGUGAGCUUAAGAUGCUCAAUUGUGGGGCACAGGCUUCAAAGCGCAGGGUACAACCAGUAGAUUUUGAAAAGUGUCGUAACAAAUUCAACAAGUGUAAUAAGAUCCAGAAAUGUACGAGAGAAGUGGAUCCAGUCUGUGGUACAGAUGCACACACUUACAUCAACAAGUGUCUCUUGCAGGUUGCUGCUUGUUUGAAGGGAAUUCAGCUGGCUCAUGUUGGAAACUGCACUACACUGGAAGAAGAUGAUUUCUGCCCAAACAGUUGCCCAGAAGAUGAAGAUGCACCUGUAUGUGGUUCAGAUGGAAAUGCCUACCGAUCAUUGUGUGAAAUGAAAAAGGAGACAUGUGGCCAGAAAGUAGUUGCUGUUCCUUCGCAACACUGCCGCACUACUGCCCAGUGCAAUGAAGUGUGUGGUGCUGAACGCCAGUUUGUCUGUGGCUCUGACAAUAAGUUUUACCGCAAUGAGUGUGAAAUGAGAAGAGAUAAUUGUGGGAAGCACAUCUUUGUGGUACCCAUGAAGCGUUGCCUGACGGGGUUCAUGUUCCGUGGCUGCCAGAAGAUUUGUGAAAAUUACUACGAUCCCAUCUGUGGAACAGAUGGCAAGACAUACUCUAACGACUGCUUCCUGGAUCUGGAAAAUUGCAGGUCGCGAUCACUUGUAUCCAAGAAACAUCAUGGGCAGUGUGGUCAACCUGUCACAGAAGCUAAAAAUUACCUGUAUUAAUGAAAUGAGUGGAUAAACAAUAUUAUUCAACACAUGGACCAGGACUGUUACACACCUGAAUAAUUGGUCAUCUGAACUAAUUCUUGUGAGUUUCUUAAGGAACAGAGUUUUUUUCAGGACCUAUUAGUGAGCAGUAUAUAUGUCUGUCCAUGAAUCAGUUACAUAUAUUGUUCCAGAUGAUGUUUAAUUUUCCAUCAUAAUUCCUAUUGACAUCUGUGUUAGUUCAUGAGGUGAAGCAAUACUAGCACCAUUUUCUGUUGUGGUACAUUGAUAGAUAUUUUAUAGCCAUUGACAUUGAUUGUGUUUUCCUAUAGAAAAAUUAAAAUAAAUAUUAAAACCUUGUAAAUCAUGUUACUUAAAUAAGUGUGGUUAAGUAGCUGCCUUAUUCAUACAAGAAACUGAAGUUUUAUACAGACACUUAUUUUAAAGCUUAAAACAUCAUGAACUAUUUAGCAUAAAUAUAAAGACAUGUAAUAAUUGCUCUAAGAAUAGAUGUAGCCAGAAUGACAUGAAUAAGUAAAUCUGAAAUUGUCCAAUGACAGAUGAUAAAGGUGGGAGUGGGAGGUUAGGAAGAUGCUUCUGAAAUCAGCUCUUUUUAAAUUCAUGUGCUGAAUUAUUUUGUUAAUGAUAUUGUAACCUGAAAAUAUAUAUUCAAAUAACAAAACUAUUAGAAUAGAUUUUUCUGAAUAGUUGUGUUUAGCUUCUAUAACUUUGAAUACAUAAAUUUGGUUUUGUCAAGAAGUUGUUUAAGUUCCUGAAAAAUCCCUUUCAUAAAUAUGGUCUCUGCUGACAGGAUCUUUUGAAUAUAUGAUUAUCAUAGUUUUUUUGUCUUUUUUGAUGAAGCAAGUGGAAAGCCUAGAAUAUAUUGUUAUGUUUGUGGUGUUUGUUGUUUAAUAUAUUCAUUCAUUAAAACAGAAAUGCUGAAAUCUGUUAUACAAAAAUUCAUGUCACUGAAUAAACUGUAAAGAUUUGCAGUAGUUCAGGGUUUUAUCUUUAGUGUAAAUGAUUGUGCAGAUGGCAGUUUUAAUUUUUGAGCCUCAUUGUUUAUAAAAAAAUAGAAAAGGAUAUUUUCUGUGUCUGCAUUUAGUUUUGAAUAACAUUUUUGUGCAGAUCUUCUGAAACAUGUGAAGAUGUUAAGCCACCAGAUUUGUAAAAGGAUUAUGUACAGAGUUUAGUCAAAAAGUUCAAAGUUUGGAAAUAAGAUUUGACAUAUGGUUACUUGAUUGAAAUAGUUGGACAAGUACCUUAGCAUCUUUGAUAAUUUCACAAACUGUAAAGAGUAAUUGAUGAGUUUCUUAUUUUGGUAUCCAACCAUCUAUUUUAAAGAGAGACAGUUUUUUCUUAAGUAUUUUUCUUACUGAAAUUUAUUCUUUGUUGUUUCAUGUUAAAUAGUGUUGAUUACAGCAAUUGCAGAAAUGUACUUGAUUUUCAAAUGCCAAGAUAAACAAGAAUAAAACCAGGUAUGUGCCAGUAGAGGUGAUAGUUGAAACACAUAUAUUGGAGAAUAGAAAAUGGGGGUCAAUAGAGUUAUUUCGUCAUCUAUCACUUCGUCACCUUAUUGGAAUCCAGUCUUACUAUCUGAACUUAAUACGAUUGCCACCUUCCUUCACCACCAUAUAAAAAUAUAAUCUUUUUUUGUAGAAUGCAAAAUAAUUUUCCAUGACUUUGGAUUUUCUUUAUUGUCAUGUGUGUAUACAUUAUUGUGUGUGUGUGAUGUUAGCUUAAUACAAUGUGUAUUUAUUUAUUAUACCUAUGUUUGUGAUCAGUAGUUGUUAGUAAAGUCAUGUUACACAUGUACAAUGUACUUGCUGUGCUGGUAGAUAUUUUUACCAUAUAUUUAAAGAGCAUAGUGUAUGUUUCAUUUGAAGCUGUAUUUAUUAAGAUUUUAUAAUAAAACAAAGCUCAUAAGUACCA